CUUUAUGUAUGGAGGUAAAUAGGGAAAGAAUGAGAGGUUAAUUUCUCCUAAACCACCUUUUAAUACUCGACCUCUAGUAGUCCCGGUUAUCUUUGCCCAAUUUCCCUCAUCAACCCCACUCCCCAACACUGAAGCUACCCCUCAACACAUUGUGCAUGUUUGCUAGUUCCUCAUCCUGGCCUUAUAUCCCAUUUUCCACUCUCUUUUCCAGGGUUGCACCACAAUACUUUCAUUUUCUAUCCCCAUACCAGAUAGAGAUGGAAUAGUUGCUCAGAAUUUGAGGCCAAUUAAGAUGUGUGUGUAUACAUGUCCUGUCCUGCUGCUCUGGGGCAGGGGGUGGGGCGGGGAGUAGGAGCCCAUAUUAGAUUCACAGGGGAGCCCUGACAAAGAGGAGACACCACAUGCUGUAAUCACAAGAAAACGCAGGAGCAGUCAGCUUCCGCAGUUCUAGGCUGGUCAGCAUCUCAAGUCCUCCCAGCAUCUGUUCCCCCUGCCAGCCAGUCUUUUCCUUGAAAUCUGAUUAAAUGUUCAUUAUUCCUGUCACUUUCAGGAUAGAUUCCAGAUGCUCUUCCUCGGCCCACCUGUGCCUCACCCCACUCUGCCCAGAAGUGCAAGAGCCCAAACCGCCUCCAUGGCCUCAGGAAGGAUUCAGGGGAGAGGCCCCAUACAGGGAGCCACUCCAGCCAGACACCCCAGCCAGAAUGGAGCUGACUGAAUUGCUCCUCGUGGUCAUGCUUCUCCUAACUGCAAGACUAACUCUGUCCAGCCCGGUUCCUCCUGCCUGUGACUCCCGACUCCUAAAUAAACUGCUUCGUGACUCGCAUGUCCUUCAAGGCAGACUGAGCCAAUGCCCAGACAUUAACCCUUUGUCCAUACCUGUCCUGCUGCCUGCUGUGGAUUUUAGCCUGGGAGAAUGGAAAACCCAGACGGAGCAGACCAAGGCACAGGACAUUCUGGGAGCAGUGACCCUUCUGCUGGAGGGAGUGAUGGCAGCACGGGGACAACUGGGACCCACCUGCCUCUCUUCCCUCCUGGGACAGCUUUCUGGACAGGUCCGCCUCCUCCUUGGGGCCCUGCAGGGUCUCCCUGGAACCCAGCUUCCUCAACAGGGCAGAACCACAGCUCACAAGGAUCCCAAUGCCAUCUUCCUGAGCUUCCAACAACUGCUCCGAGGAAAGGUGCGUUUCCUGCUGCUUGUAGGAGGGCCCACCCUCUGUGUCAGGCGGGCCCUACCCACCACAGCUGUCCCAAGCAGUACCUCUCUAUUCCUCACACUAAACAAGCUCCCAAACAGGACUUCUGGAUUGUUGGAGACAAACGCCAGUGUCUCAGCCAGAACUACUGGCUCUGGACUUCUGAACAGGCUGCAGGGAUUCAGAGCCAAGAUUCCUGGUCUGCUAAACCAAACCUCCAGGUCCCUGGACCAAAUCCCUGGAUACAUGAACAGGACACAUGGACUUUUGAGCGGAACUCAUGGACUCUUUCCAGGACCCCCACCCAGGACCCUAGAAUCCCCGGACAAUCCCCAUGGAACUUUAGACACAGGUGCUCUGCCACCCAACCUCCAGCCUGGAUAUUCUCCUUCCUCAACCCAUCCUUCUACUGGACAGUACACACUCUUCUCUCCUUCACCCACCUUGCCUACCCUCAUGGUCCAGCCCCACCCCCUGCUUCCUGACCCUUCUGCUACCAUACCCAACCCUACCAGUCCUAUUCUAAUUGCAGCCCACCCUCACUCCCAGAAUCUGUCUCAGGAAGGGUAAGGUACUCAGACACUGCCAACAUCAGCAUUGUGUCUCAUGAGUCCCUGGGAGACAACUGCAGCUAUACCAAAUUUCCUGCUUUCACCUAAAACCCAAAGCCCCGGUAAAGAGGGACAGAAAAAGGGAUCAUUUUUCACUGUACAUUAGAAAACUUCAGAAGCUAUUUUUUUAAGCUAUCAAAAAUAUUCAUCUGAGCAGCUAAUUAUCUUUGGUCUAUUUUCUACACAAAUUUGCAACUUACUAAUUCUCUACGUGCUCUUUUUCACAUGCUAAUUCUGCAAAGGCCUGGACUGGCUUGGCCUUUGAACAGAGGUAAAGACUAAUCUUGUGUCCAAAAACAGAGAAAGGGUAGUUUCCUUUGCUUCAAGAUUAAGGCCCUCCUAUGUGCCCCUCCCCUUUACUAUCAUUCUCUGUGGGACUUUGUUUGAUGCCGUGUUCUUAAGAGAUACUUACUCUUGAGAAAUGAAUAAGUUGUCUCUUAGAAAGGCUGCCCUCACAACAAAGCUGAGCCUGUAUAAAGAAUAAAUGAGAGUACCCAAAAGGUAA